AUGUUCCAAGAAGCCCGAGUGUCCACGCAAAGGAUUCAGGCGUUCCUGGCGCUGGAAGAUUUCCAUCCGGUCGAACAGAAGCCCGAGAUUCUUGAAAAAAGCGAAAUCGCGAUGGAACCGAUAGGCGCAAAUGCAGAACGCAAACCCUUGAUCAGAAAUGGCCAGUCCGAGCUCACCGAGCAGUGGUGUGAGUUGCAGCCCCACAACCCGAAAACGCUCGUCGAGUUAUCCAACUACUCAUCAUCAUGGGCCAGGCCGAAUGCGGACAUCUACCUGCUCGACGACCCGCUGUCGGCUGUUGAUGCUGCUGUAGGACGCUUCAUCUUUGACAAAUGCAUCUGCGAGUACCUCCGCGAUCGUGUCGUGAUCCUCGUCACCCAUCAACUCCAAUUCAUCGGCCGUGCUAACGAGAUUCUUCUGAUGCGCGAUGGAGAGGUGGUGCUCCAGGGCACGCUCAAGCAGCUGAAAGAGUCCAAUUCGAAGCUCGUCCACCAACUUAUUCAGGUUUUGAAUCGCUUCUCGAAGGACAUGCACACGAUGGACGAGUCAUUGGCAUUUGUGUUUUUCGAGUUCGUUCUGGGUAUGCUGGGCGUUCUCGGCACUGUCGGAGUCAUUUUCCUGGCCAAUCCAAGAAUGAACAUGAAUUCGGCGGCCUUCUCGCUCUCGUUGACGACAUCCCGAUGGUUCGCCGUGCAAAUCGACUGGAUUGUCGCGGGAUUCGUCUCUUUUGUGGCGUUUGCUUGUGCCUUUGCGUCCGGAGAUUUCCUGCCCGGCGAAGUGGCGCUGAUGCUCGUCUACGCCGUCCAGUUGACCGGCUUCUUCUCAUGGAUUAUGCGCCAGUCGGCAGAAAUGCAGAACGGGAUGGUCUCCGUCGAGCGGAUACUGAACAUGUGCGCGCUGCCAUCAGAACACCUUGACAAAGGUCACAUGCAGACCCCAUCCGGAUGGCCGUCGAAGGGUGAGAUCCGCUUCGACAACUUUUCCCUACGAUACGACGACUCGUUGGCCCUGCGCGAAAUCACUGCCAAUAUUGAUGGCAACCAGAAAGUUGGUGUCGUCGGCCGGACGGGGGCCGGCAAAUCUUCACUCCUCAAGGCCCUCUUCCGCAUGAACAAGGUUUCGACAGGCCGAAUCUUCAUCGACGGCGUCGACAUCAACUGCUUGCAGCUGCGCGAAUUGCGCUCGCAUCUCGCCAUCAUUCCGCAGGAGGCCGUCUCCGAGCUGUCCGGUACCCUACUUGCUGAGGUCCAAGAGGGCGGCGCCAACUUUUCGGUCGGGCAACGGCAGCUCUUCUGCCUGGCCCGAGCGCUCCUACGCAAUUCAAAGAUCCUCGUCAUCGACGAGGCCACGGCCAAUGUUGAUCCACAUACCGAUGAGUUGAUCCAAAAGACGAUCCGCCGUCAGUUCGCCAACAGCACGGUGCUGACAAUCGCCCACCGACUGCACACGAUCAUGGACUCGGACCGCGUGAUGGUGCUGAAGGACGGGCGUCUGAUCGAAUUCGCGCACCCGUAUGAGCUCCUCAAGAAGCCGCACUCCCAGCUCUCGGCGCUUGUCAAGGAAACGGGACGCGACACAGCCGCCCAACUGCUAGAAGUCGCCCGCCGCUCCCACGCAAACGCCAACCAAGCCGACGGAGCUGUUCCUCAAGCCGAGACGGUGCCGCGGGAA